AUGGCUCUCACUAGCGGUCUCCAGGGUCUUACUGUGGACGAUACCAGUAGUCCAGCCUGCAAGCCUCUUAUCACAACGCCUGUAGGAGAAGAGGGGACGGCACCAGCGGAACCCAACCGGAGCUCAAAUUCAAAGGACGAGAAGAAGAUGGAGACGCCGCAGGAAUGCGUAGGUCUCGAUGCCUCCUUGAGUCGGAUUUAUCGUUAUCACCCGAUUCCUACCUUGAUUCUUGAUAAGAAUUUGUGCGUUGUGGAGGUUUCAGACAGUCAUUGUGCCUUCUCGGGUCAAUCUAAGGAUGAACUGGUAGGCACGUGCGUUUGCGACGUUCCGGUUCACACUAUUCCUGCGCCAAACACUCCUACUCUGUAUGGAGCGUUACAUACAGCUAUCGUCUCGGAAAAGGUUCAAAUACUGAACGGUAUACACGUCAAGAGCGAAAAUUUGAUUUAUCAGCUUCGCAUAACACCAAUUUUCGAAAAAUCAUCGUUGAUCUACGUCGUAUUGGAGGCUCAAAACACCCCACAAGAUCAUUGUGUUGCGACUGAUGAACAGCACGCCAACAUGAACGAAACUUACAAGAUUUUAGUCGAUACUGUGAAAGAUUACGCCAUCUUUAUGCUCGACACACGGGGUAACGUUACCACGUGGAAUUUUGGCGCCGAGCUAUUGAAGGGAUAUUCUCCAUCGGAAAUCAUCGGCAAGCACUUCUCCAUCUUCUAUAGUCCCGCGGACCUUGAUAUAGACAAGCCAGGCAGAGGUCUGGCGCGGGCUUUACGGGAAGGACGGAUGGAAGACGAAGGCUGGCGGUAUCGACAAGAUGGGUCACGUUUCUGGGCCAACGUGUUGAUCACCCCCAUACAUCAACUUGGCCGUCACGUGGGAUUCGUCAAGGUCACGCGUGACCUCACGGAGCGGAAGGCUGCCGAGCAACGCAUGAUCGCAGCCUUUGAGGAGUCAGCGAAGAUGAAGACGGAUUUCUUAGCAAACAUGAGCCAUGAGAUACGGACCCCGAUGAACGGUAUGCAGCUUGCGCUCGCGAUGAUGAAGGACAGCGAUCUUACCGACCAGCAACUUGAAUACGCUUCGAUAAUUGAGGACUCGACCUCGGUCUUGCUCCGGAUCAUCAAUGACGUCCUUGACUACUCGAAGCUGUCAUCUGGGUCUUUUUCUCUUCACUCCGACGUCGUGGAAAUCAAGGGCAUUCUUGAUGCUGUGAUGCGAAACUGCAGGUCUCUCUUAAAACCCGGAGUUGAGCUGAGCUGCUUGAUUCCACCGGACUUACCUAAAGUUGUGCGCGGUGACCCUUUACGGUAUCGUCAGGUGGUUCAGAAUAUGCUCGGGAACGCAGUGAAGUUUACGGAGACGGGCUAUAUUCGAGUCUCUACGACAUUCUCUCCCGUCGAAUCAGACCCACAGACAUAUAUGAUUACAACAGAGUUUGCUGACUCUGGAGUUGGAAUUCCUGAUUGCGCUCUCAAUACACUCUUCACACCAUUUACACGAUUUGCCGAUUCCACUACCCACAAAUACCAGGGCACUGGCCUUGGUCUUUCGAUCUGCAAAAGUUUAGCGGAACUCAUGGACGGUACGGCGGGUUACAGACCCGGGCCACAAAGCAAAGGUAGUGUGUUCUGGUUCACAGCCAGGAUGGGCCGUGUAGGCACAGGCUAUUCGAACACGCAACCUGCCAUUCCUUCAACUGAUGAUGCAAAGGACCUCUUGAACAGAGUGCGAGAAAUUGCGCCCCGCAAGCGUAUUUUACUUGCCGAGGAUAACCUUGUCAACCAGACGGUAAUGCUCAAGCUUCUUCAAAGCCUUGAGUUUCAGCGCAUCGACGUAGCCGGGGACGGGGCGGAAGCCGUCCGACAAGUCAAACAAACGCCUUUGUCCUACAAUGUGGUUCUCAUGGACAUUAGCAUGCCGGUGAUAGACGGUCUGGAAGCGACAUCGCAAAUCAGAGGCAUGGGCAUCGACGUGCCUAUCGUUGCCCUUACGGCAAAUGCGCUAAAGGGAGAUAUGGAGACGUAUCUUGCUAAUGGGAUGAAUGAUUAUAUCGGAAAACCGGUCAACCGCGGCCAGCUGUUGCAGGUUCUUUGGAAAUGGAUUGGGGCCUAG